AAGAGCCGAUGUCUUCACAACUUUCUACUAGCACAGCAGCUCCCCCAGCGAAGAAACUCAGUAGAAAACAGAAGAGACGCAAAGCACGGUCAUCGUCGGUCUUCACGGCAACCUCGAACGAGAGCAGCAGAGCGGAUGAGGAACUUGCGACUGCCAAGGCUGCAGCGAUCAGGCUACUCGAUCAAGCCUUCGACGUGCCAGCUCUGUUAGAGGAGUCCAUCCCCACCCCAAAGCCUAAACGGAUCCGGUUCGAAGAUGUCCCUACGAUCCUGGAAGAACAAUUGAUCCCCUCUCAAUCAUCUAAAAAAUCAACCGCUCUAUCUCCAAAAAUUCAUCAAGAGCUCAACACUUCCCUAGUCCCCUCAAAUAUCUCUGUCACCCACAAAACAACCCUAUCAAAAGCAUCUUCAGACGCAAAGCCCGUUACCCCACAGUCAGAAUUGAAUUCAAGUAGCACCGUUCAAACACAAGACACAUUUCAAGUCAGUCGGGAAGAAAUCUUUGCGGAGACAGCACUUGUGGAUGCCUUUCAGGCCGCCAUGGAUGAAUUCAAGUUCUGUUGUUUCAAUCAAAGCCAUUCAUCUGCUCCGAUCCGUCUGCCUCAAUCACAUUCCGAACAACGUCGAACAGCUGCCCUGUAUUAUGGCAAGCCUCCGCCUCGACCGACAACCAAAAGCAAGAAGCCACCUCUACAUACAAUCUUUCUGCCCCGUCUAAUCGUCGCCCCAACUGACGCCACAACAUCAGAAGAAAAAGGUUCACCAAAUGGAGCUGUACGACAAACUAGCCCGGUGAUUUCGGAUCUAGACAUGGACGACUAUUGGGACAUGGUUGAAGAAGAAUCUGAGUAAUCCUUGUAAGAUCUUGAGCAUGACAUGCGCUAAGAUGCAGAUGAUAUGAUUAUGAUGGAAGCCACGAAGAUGGAUGAUUCUGAUGUAAUUUGGGUGAGCCUUAAAAAUCAGCUCAUGAAAACAUUGCCUUCAGUUCAAACUACAAAUUGAUGGUCACUCGGCUUAAGAGCCAUAGGGAUUGAAAGAAUGGUUU